AUGAGAGGGCAAGGCCUUGUCGUCCUCUUUUGGGGUCUAGGGGGUCUAGCCGCCGGAGUAGUCGCCUUGCGCGUUUUCGCCAAGGCGAAGAUCGGUCAUUUAAGGGUGGACGAUAUAGUCAUGAUAUUAGCCUGGAGUUUAGCCAUUACCGCCUCCUCCCUGUUUACGAUUGCUGUGCAUUAUGGUUACGGGCAAGAUAUGCAGGCGUGUGUCAUUGGCAGCACUGCUACAGCCCGUGUGGCCUUUAUCAUUUAUCUGCUGGCCAUACUAGGGAGCGAGAAGAAACAUAGCAUCAUCUUGUCGACCCUCGCAGCUCUGGAGGUGGUUGUUAACGCUGUUUCUAUCAUCCUGAUAUUUACCAGCUGUAAGAACGUGCGGACGAUCUGGGACAAAGCCAUCAACAGUGAAUGUGGGCCUCCUCAUCGUCAGAUACGGUAUGGCUAUUUCCAGAGCGGUCUUGGGCUACUGGGAACGGCGGCUUCUUUAGUCAAAAUUGUGACUCUUAAAGAAAUUGCUAGCGUUAACAUUACUGGGGCGACUGCCAGCCUAAUAUGCUGGGGUCUUGUUGAAAGUUACAUAGUGAUUAUUACUGCGUCCUUACCGUGUCUGCGGUCACUGGUUAUCUCGACCAUCCAUGACAUGGCGACCAGCUUCCGUUCCAGGUUUACGAGCCGCAAUUAUCGCCCACGAGGGAACCAAAUGACUAGCUGGUGGGUCAAUUCUGUUUCGCGGAAUCAAGGUCCUGACAGUGAGAGCUCUGAUCAUGUACUCGCAAGUCACGUACCCGCCGACAAGCACCAGAAUAGUGGGGUUUCCGGAACGAGUGAUAUUGAAAGGCACUUGUAG